AUGUAACCGCCGUCGGAGGGCCAGCUUGUUGUUCAGCCAUACCUCUCCCUCCCCUGCAAAGCCUUCUGGGGAGGGAGCCAGAAACAGCUCCCCUCGCGACCGUCUUCUUCACUCUGAUUCUUAAAAGCCUUCGCCCACCAUGACUCUCUCUCCCUCCCCUCCUCCACUUCCGAGCAACUGCCAUCCACCUCGCCCACACAUUCAUCUCUCCUCUGCCAGCUUCAAACAGGUUAGAGAAGAUCAGCUUCUGCCACUCUACUCUCUAUUUCUAUCCAGGCAUUCUUUCCUCUUGCUCUCCUUUGUCUGCCAUGCGGCGCUCCCCUCGACCGGUCGGCUCUGACAACAACAGUGGCAGCACCACUGAUGUACCAGACAUCUUCUCUGACAAUGCUACUGAUGAAUCCUCAGACAGUGUGUCUGAGCCAGACAGUGAUGACAGCCUGGAAGAUCUUUCUGACAACAAUUCAAUCCUGGAUGAUGAGGAGGAAUGGGAACUCCCUGUGGCGUACUUCUUACAGGAGGCUGAAUGUCUCAACAUCUCCCAACUACAACAGAAAUGCUACAGCCCAAGGACCCAGGCUAAGUUGGAUGAGACACAGGAUUACUGGGACUGGUUCUGCCGCGAGGGCAACUACGACCCUGCCAAACAUUUCCAUUGGCUUUCCAACUCCAAGGAGACAGUCUGUUUCUUCAAAGCUUUCUUCUCAUGGCAAUGCAGUCGGCGACGAAACAAAAAAGGGGGCCGGACACCAGGAAUACAAUACAAAAGCUCGCUGGAGACAUUCUGGAAGUGGUGGCAUCUGGUUUACAAGGCAGAGGUAGGCCACGGCUUAAGCAAAGACCUCAUUGUCAAGAUUCUGGAUGUACUGGCAAUUGUUGCUCAAGAGAAGGACCUCCAUUCUGGACGCCGACCAAAAGCGACGAUGUACAUUGAAGAUGUGGCGGAGUUCGCUCGCGUGCUAUUGUUGACAAUGGAGAUGACUUUUCAGUUUGGGUGGCUUCGGAUACAACUCCUCCUCUUCUGCCAGCUGGCAGCCAUCACAGGCAGCCACCCUGGGGCUCUGCUGAACUUACAUUAUUGGGAUCUUGAGCUGACUCUCAUCCGUCACCCAGACGGAGGGCGCCCACGAUUAUUUAUUUACUUAACCCCAAGGUUUACCAAGACAUUUCUAGGCGAGAAGGAAGAGAAUACCUUCCCUAUUCCUGAAAUCAUCUUUGACCUGACAUUGGUCCUCAGUCCUCAUGUGUUCCUUCUCGGGAUGCUGUUCCGUAUCCAGGCGUUCAAGAAUAUCUCCAAAGACGGCCUAGUGUUGGACUGUCCCAAAAAUCUGUAUAACCUUGGUGUUCUGGAUGGGCUUGGAGAACAGCCGCUGAGAUUGAAAGAUGAAAUUCUUGAUCACUUUGUGUUCUGUCAGGGAAUGCGCGAAUCCGACGGACUUCGAAUUGCUUUGGAGGAGCGACUAAUGGAAGGAGCCCUGCAAUAUCAGAUGAAACAGGGAGGCGAAAUCACAGGGUUUGAACAGGUCACAAAGCUGUAUGGUCUCCGUUAUGGGACGGCGAAAGCAUUUAAUGACAGCCAUGAGUUAUCUGCGGAUGUGAUGAAUGAGCUCCAGAACAUGAUGUUGCAGCAUCUUGAGGACACUAGUUGUGUCAACAACAUCCCGCGCGUGCGAACACUGCAGACGCGGGUCUGUGAAAGAAAACAAUUUCAGGACAAGAUGAAGCAGGCUUUCAAGACAGCAGAACAGGACUUUGAGCAAAGCUUCAGUGAUUACCAGAAUCAGAAGAAAGUGAAGAAGGAGCUACCAGCUCCUGCUCAACAGGCACUUGACUGUGUGGUGAAGUCCGAGGAAGAGUACAGAGGGGCAGUCUGGAGGCAUCUCUGGGCACAGCAUGUGUCUCAGAAUGAGUGGCAACGGCAACAUAACCACUUAGUGCGUGAGAAUCUGGAAAGAUAUAAGAACAAGCAGCCAGUGAUUGACUGCGAGAGGCAACUUGCUGGGAAGUUCUUGAAUGAUGAGGUGAAGGGUGCUCUGGAGUGAACAGGGUAUAUGACCCCACAGCAUAUGAUCCUGCUCAAUAAUAUCUUGAGCAUGCCGGGCGCCACUGUCAAAAAGGAAUACCAGUGCUGGAUUGCCGCAAUCAAUGCGGUCAUUGCUUUCUGUGAUGUGGAGGAGGGAUCACCCACAAGACAACCUAACCUUGCACAGAAACAUCCUGCCAUGGAUUCCUUAUCAUCUGCUCCUUCCACAAAAAGGCAAAGAUGCUCUUUGUCUGAUGGGCACAGACCACCAUUUCUCAAGUGAUUGUGUCUGCAUUAAAAAGAAAGAGGAACAGCCAACAGUUUGCUUUCUCUGUCUGGGAAAUCCUCAUAUGCCAGAACAUGAGCAGUCUAAAGACUAUUGUACACCUGGGUCACUCACCUGUCACUUUGUUGACAUUCAUGUCAUACCAUAUCCAAAAGACAUGCGGGUUAAAUGCAGCAUCUGUGAGGAACAGCUGGAGAGUAAAUCAGCAUUGAUGAACCAUGCUGAGAGAAAGCAUGGAACUGUCUCACACCACCCUUUGUCCGCCCUCAGCCCAAUUUAGAUUUCCAAUACACCUGCGACCUAAAACAUUUGUGGACCAGGAUCCCCCUCUUUGCCUUUGUUGACGCGGCAUAUUGAGGGCUGGUACCUCAACAAUUUCCUUUAUUAGUGUGUUUAUUUUUUGUAACUUGUUUCUCAAAUCCUCUGCGGGCUUGAUACCACAGUAACAUUGCAUGGUACAUAUACAUACUAGAUUGAAUAAGAUAUUCAAAGGAAUCAGGAUCUAAAGAGAGUCGUCC